CCGGUCACGUGAGGCGCGCGCCAUGGCGGCUCCCGCGGACGGCGCCGACCUGGAGGCCUCGCUGCUGAGCUUCGAGAAGCUGGACCGCGCCUCCCCGGACCUGUGGCCCGAGCAGCUGCCCGGGGUUGCCGAGUUCGCCGCCUCCUUCAAAAGCCCCAUUACAAGUUCUCCUCCCAAGUGGAUGGCUGAAUUAGAAAAUGAUGAUAUUGAUAUGUUGAAGGAGUUGGGGAGCCUCACUACAGCUAACCUGAUGGAAAAGGUUCGGGGCCUGCAGAACCUGGCUUAUCAGCUGGGACUGGAUGAAUCUAGAGAAAUGACUCGAGGGAAAUUCCUGAACAUCCUUGAGAAACCCAAGAAGUAGCUGCAUCUAGCAUUUGGAUGAAAAUACCCCAACUAGGUAAUUUUAUGUACUGUGGAUCCAGAUGAAGCCCAGAAAGUCUAAGAAGAACAAAGCUCUUGCUCUAGACCUUCAGAAGCAAACAUCUCUUUUUGCUUCCACAGCUCAUCUCUUUACAGAGGAAAUGUACCAUAAGCACAGUUCUCAAGGACUGCAGCUGGUUGCAUUGGAAUUUGGACUUCAUCUGACCAUAGGAUGUCCAACAGGAGGACUUGGCCCUGACAUGCUGUGACACAGUUACCUGUUUCAAUCAGCAGCUCAAAGUGAAGAGCCAGUAUCCUUAUUCAGCUGCUCUCAGGAGGCAGCCUGUUUGAAGUACACAGCAGAUCUGACACUGGCCCAGUGUCCAUUAUGAGGCCUUGACCCUUUUGUGUGUCUUUUGUCUUCGAUGCAUUGAUUUCCUGUGUGUGACAUCGGUGCCGAAGUAUUCGAGGUGUGGAUUGACCAAGAGCACUGGCUCAGCAGGAGCAUAUGCUUUUAGUGUAGCAGCUGAGUGCAGUCUCUGCACUAGGUUCCAGUUGCUCACUGCCUUUAGAGAAGCACAUCUGGUGCUCUGAGGAAGACCUCCAGACCUUUGGUGUGCCGGGAGCUUCAUUUCACUGCUAAAUGAUUCUCUAAGUGAAAUUGAAACUAACAGACCACAGGGAGUAAGAAGUGUAUCUCAGGGAAGAUAUCCUCACAGAAGCUUUGGCCAGUACACAAGGAAACAGCUUUGUCAGUCCUCUGAAAUUCUUUGCUUCUUGCAGGGCAGAAACUGUAAAGAGUUAUAAAGUGUAAAGAUGGUAAUGUUUUCAGUUAUCACUCCAACAAGUGGCAACAGGACUGUUAGCCACAUUGUGAUGAUGGCUGUACACGGUCUCAGCAUCUAAGAAAAUAAUGUUUUGUGGUAUUUUUAAUUGCUUAUAAACCAGCACCUCAAAAUCUUCUUCUCCUACAAAACCAGAAUUUUUAAGAUAGAAACUUCUCUGAGCUGCUCCCUUUCAGAACACUGUGAUUACAAUUUAAUGCCUUUUUCUUCUCUUCAUGCGCUCUUACACAUUUCCCCCCUUGGAAGAGGUACAGAGCAUGUUCAGACUUUUUGUUUUAUUUAAGAGAAUAUUUUUUUUCAUUCCAUCCUCUUUCCUUUUCCUAGAAAACAACAGUUUAAACAUUAGUAAAUAUGUUCUUUUUUAGGAUACAACAUAAAUACAAUAAAUAUGUUGAAACAUAACAUAACAUGAUGUUCUUUUUACCAUGCAGGCUUUUCAAAACGUGUCAUUUCUCAGGCUGUAGUCACAUAUGAGAGAAGAAAUUAUUUGGAAAUAGUACAUGUAACAGGCUGUCCUUACAGCAGUGCAUUUUUCUGGCUUUGCAGGAAGAGGAGGCUCUUUUUGGGUGCAUGUGUAAUAAAGAGGGGAAGGUUUGGUUUUUUUUAUCAAAUAGACUUCUGAGUUUUACUGAAUUGAUGGUGAUUGCGGUCUGUGGUUUUGGUUAUUGCCAGUCAGAACUAGGCUUGUUUGGGACAGCUCCAGUUAACUAAGUAGUUAAAUCCUACAUCCUGGAAAGACCCUGCACAAAUUUAGAAAUAUCAGGAGCCUGAUUUAAGACUUAACAGAGUUAUUUCUGUCCUUCACAGUUUAUGCAGGGCUGAGCUUAACAGGAAUUCCGUCCCUUGAGAACAUGAGAAUUAAGACAGAUGAAAGAGAAGAGAAGCUGAAAGUGGUAGUUCAGGAACAGAAAAACCCAGUGGUGCAAACUGAUGUUGAUGUAGCUUUAAGCAUUGAAUUACAGAUUUGAAAUGCAAAUUUAAGUUUGUAUAUUAUAUAUGUAAUAUAUGUACACAUAUAUGACAUAAUGGGAUACUUCAUCUGUAUCACCAGUAUUAUUUUGUGCAUUUUAUAGAGGUUUCUUGGUCCAACACAUUAAGGAAUUGAGAUCUAAAAGGAGGAUAGAGGAAAA